AAACAUAUAAACAGCCAGCAAGCUGAGCAACAGCCUCCGCCUAAUAAACAGGCCAAACAACAACAACAGCCGACCGAUGUUCGAUUUAGCAAAUUUCCUGGCUUAGCCAUGAGCAUCAAGAAUAGCCAACAAAAAGAACGACUGAUGCAGACCAUUGCCAAAGCCAUGAACAAGCAAGAAUCUUCUUAUUCUGAUAAAUAUGUUCGAAAUCUGGUCAUCAAACAACAACCGAAUACAAAUGAUACAAAACGAACUGGCGAACGAUCAUCGAAAUGGCCACACCAAAAAGGUCCACCCAAACAUCAUACUCGAUUCGUAUUUAAGAUAAGCAACACGAUCAAAGAGGAAGCGGCCAAACAGUGUGACUAUCUGCAACAGAAAUUGCAAAUUAAAUCGGCACCCGAUCAAGUGACCAUGGUGGCCGUUCCCAACAAUGAUUCUAGUGUCGACAACCACAAUGACCACAAUGAUCAACAUGAUAAUCCUGAUGCUAACCAAUAAAUGUAAUUCUAGCAAAGAGGAGAGAAUCGAGUUCCAUUUGCUUUAUCCAUA